AUGACCCCCGCGUUGGACAUCACUUGUACCUCAUCCUUGGCUAUGGGUCCGAUGGUAGAGAUCCUAAUCCUGAUGCUGCUGAGUCACGCCCGCUCUCAAACCUGGACCCUUCCAUCCUACAGGAUUCAUGGCCCGCCUCGCGAUGUGGAGUAUGUUCGAAACGUUCCACACACCCAGUACCAGUACUUCUAUCAAGUCCGCGAUGAUACAAGUGGCGUCGACUUCGGGCACCAGGAGUCACGCAAAGGCCACCACACCCAGGGAUCCUACCACGUGCGGCUGCCCGACGGACGCUUACAGAGAGUCGCCUACACAGUGACCGGCGAUUCCGGUUUCCGUGCGAGGGUGUUCUACGAAGAUGCGGCUAAAUACCACAGUUCGGAGACUGGUGUUAAUGCAGUCACUUCUUCUUAUGAUCUUAUUCCCUCAUUAUCUUAG